AUUUGGAGGAAAGAGAACAGAAAAACAGAGAGAAAAAAACCUAAAUUUGAAAAGACAAAAAAAAAAAAAAAAGAGAAAGAAGAAGAAGCUUGGGACAGGGGAGUCCCAGAAAGAAAAAAAGUUUUUUUUUUCCGGUGACAGUGUCGGUUCUCUGACGCUCCCAUUUUUGUUCAAUCUUUCUUCCUUCUUUCCCUGAAUGCCUUCACUCGUAUUCUGAAACUUGCGGCUAUUUACAAUUGCAGGAGUGUGAAUGAUUAUAAGGUCUCCCAUUCGUGUUCCAUAGGCUUACACACAUGUUUUGAUCAACAAUUUCUUGUGUUCAUGAACUAGAUAUUGCAGGUAGUAAUGGAUUCAAAGAACACCAUCUUAUCUCCGAGUAUCAUCAAUCCGCUUUGCUUGCUGUCCUGGAGGUGAUUUGUCUUUUAGAUGAUUGACGAAUUCAUCGAAGAAGAGUUGCCACCAUUAAUCUGAUCAGCCAAAAAAAAGGUUUGGCAUGAACUGUAUGGCCGUCGCUCUCGAUCCACUAACCGACCGGUUUUCGCAGUUUAGCCGAUCUUCACAGAGAUGUAGACUCCAAUCUUUAACCAACCUUGACUUCAACUUUCUCGGAUUCAACACUAAACAAACCAAUCUCUCUGCUUCCUCACACUCCUUGAACAACCGAAGCGUUUCUACUCCAUGCUUCUCCAUAUCCGGUAGUAAUCUAGAUGGCUCUGCUACUCCGCACAUUGAGAUUCUCGGUGGUCAAAGAGUCCCCACUGUACGUUCCCUUGUAGCUGAAGUAACCAUAGCUAUCGUUUCUGGAGCUCAGCCUCUGCUUUUACCAAGUGGUUUAGGAGGUGCAUAUCUCUUGCAAACCGAAAAAGGUAACAACAUUGCGGUUGCAAAACCAGUCGAUGAAGAGCCUUUAGCUUUCAACAAUCCUAAAGGAUCUGGCGGUUUAACACUCGGGCAACCAGGCAUGAAACGGUCUAUCCGCGUUGGUGAAAGCGGAAUCCGUGAAUUGGCUGCUUACCUUUUAGACCACCAAGGCUUUUCCAGUGUUCCACCAACCGCAUUGGUCAGAAUCUCUCAUGUUCCGUUCCAUGACAGAGGUAGUGAUCACGCCGCCUAUAAAGUUGCCUCUUUGCAACGAUUUGUGGGUCAUGAUUUUGAUGCAGGAGAGCUUGGACCAGGAAGCUUCACGGUUGUAUCGGUCCAUAGGAUUGGUAUACUUGAUGUGAGAGUCUUGAACCUUGACAGACACGCCGGAAACAUGUUGGUGAAGAAGAUACAUGACCAAGAUGAGACUACUUGUUCUAACGGAGUUGGAGCUGCAGAGCUUGUGCCUAUAGAUCAUGGUCUUUGCCUACCUGAAUGCCUCGAUGAUCCUUAUUUCGAAUGGCUUAACUGGCCUCAAGCUUCGGUGCCAUUCACCGACAUUGAGCUUCAGUAUAUAUCAAACUUGGACCCUUUCAAAGACGCAGAGCUUUUGAGAACAGAACUAGACUCUAUACAGGAAUCUUCCCUACGGGUUCUUAUCGUCUGCACGAUAUUCUUGAAAGAAGCUGCUGCUGCAGGGCUUAGUCUUGCAGAGAUAGGAGAGAAGAUGACUCGGGACAUAUGCAGAGGGGAAGAGAGUUCUAGUGUGUUGGAGAUUCUUUGCAACAAAGCAAAAGCAAGCGCGGUUAGUGGAAGUGACGAUGAUGAUGAUUAUAGUAGUGAAUGGAAUGAAGUAGAAGCAGAGCUAGAGUGUGGAAUUUUUCAGUUUGACGAUGAAGUUGAAUGCAAAGAGCUUCCAGAUAUGUUACAAGUGCCUAUAUUCACAAGAGUUCCAUCCAUUGCUGCCAAUCUAUCUGCUCUCAUGCGGUGUCCACCAAACCAGUGGAUUAGUACAUAUGACACUAACAUAGAAGAGGAAAGGAGAGAUCGGAGUAUCGUGAGGAGCAAGAGUCACCCGAUAUGUGUGAAUUAUGAUGAGAAAGAAGGUGUUUAUUUUGGGGACAUGAGUGGAGAUGAAUGGGAGAUGUUCUUGCAUAGUUUCCAGAUGCUUUUGCCAGAAGCACUUGAAGGCUCAACAAGCAAGGGACCAAAACCAAGAUUUGGAUCUUCUUGUAAAUUCUAAGGAAAUUUUUAAAAUACUAAUACAAGACAGAGAGAGAUGAAAUCUCGCAAGGUUAAGAUACAUAGAAAGAAAAUGGAAAAUGAGACGAGCAAGCUAAGGCCGUCCAAUCCAAAUUACUUGUUAGCUUCUUCUUUCUAUUUUUGUUUAUUGUAUGAUGUAUCACUUCAUUGCUAUUCGCUAAAACACUAAGUAUCAUAAAUAUCUACAAGAAUAUGAUUGGUGUAACUGAUCUCAUGUGAUUAUCUUGUUCUAUGUAAGUUCUUGUUGAAAGCUAGUAAAAUUACAGAACAAACCAAAAGAGAUUUUACAUGUUAUGAAGAUGAC